AUGUCAGCACCAUUAUCACCUUCUCCAACAGUUGUAAAAUUAUCACCAGAAUGUCAACAAUAUUAUCAAGAUGUUAGAAUUAAAAACAAAUAUCAAGGUGUAGUUUAUAAAAUUAAUAAAGAAAGUAAUCAAAUGAUAAUUGAUAAAACAUUUCCAAAUGAUUGUAAUUUUAAUGAAUUAACUCAAUGUUUUAAAGAAAAUGAAUGUUGUAUUAUCGUUUUUAAAUAUGUAAUUUCAAAUUCACAAUCAAAAUUAUUUUUUAUUUAUUGGGGUUCUGAAACUGCACCACAAACUGAUAAGGUUUUAUACAGUAACGCAAAAUUAACUUUAGCAAUAACAUUAAAAGGUAUUGAUAUUAAAAUUGCUGGCACUAAAAAAUCUGAAUUAACUGAAGAAAUUUUUAAAGAAAGAGCCAUACCAAAACAAGCUUAA